AUGGAUAGUUAUGUACAAAUUCAUUCAGUAACAAUCAGCAUUCUCUGUUUAGUCUUGGGCAUAUUACUUCUUAUUGCUAAUCUCCCCGUACUUUAUGCUAUACUUGCAAAUAGUAAAUUAAGGAUACGGUAUGCUAUUUUGGCUUUACUACUUUUGGCUGCUGCAAUUGGAGGAUUUAACUGUUUGUUGCGAGCUUCUUCGAUUAUUCUGGAACUAUGGAAUGAAAAUGGGAAAGAUUGCAAGAAUUAUACGAAUGAAUCUUCCUUUAUUAAUAAGAAGCCAUGGAACUGCCUUGGCCCAGUUUGUUACUCCCUCUAA